CACAGUAGCAGAUACAUAAUUUCUUAAAGUCAGAAAAAAUGAACGCUAACGCCGCGAUUCCCAUCAAGCUCGCCAAGGUCACUAAGGUCCUCGGCCGUACUGGCUCCCGUGGUGGUGUCACCCAGGUUCGCGUUGAGUUCAUGGACGAUACCAGCCGUUCGAUCAUUCGUAACGUCAUCGGCCCCGUCCGCGAGAACGACAUCCUGACCCUCCUCGAGUCCGAGCGUGAGGCCCGUCGUCUCCGUUAAGAGCUGCUUGCUUUUGUUUUUUCUUUCUUUAAAAUCGGGAAAACUUGGCGUGUGCUCUGCAUUUUUGUGUUCUUCGCAGACAA